AUGAUUCGAAGAGAAGCACGUUUAAGGCGUGAAUAUAUCUAUAGGAAGAGUUUAGAAGAAAAACAAAGAGCUUUAGAUGAGAAAAGGAGAAUAGUUAAAGAAGCAGUCGAAUCGAAUAAAAAAAUUCCAACGCAUUUGCAAAAAGAUGCUAUUGAACUUCAAAAAAGUGCUGAAUGGGGAACGCAAAUAUCUGUUAUUGAUGAUGAAUAUCGUUGGGCUGGAACAUGUGAUCCUAAAAUUGUUAUAACAACGAGUAGAGAUCCAUCUUCUAAAUUAAAAGUUUUUGUGAAGGAAAUACGUUUGAUGUUUCCCACUGCUCAGCGAAUAAAUAGAGGACAUUACGAUGUCAAGAAACUUAUUCAAGCAUGUAAAGCAAAUGAUAUAACAGAUUUCGUCUUACUUCAAGAAACUCGUGGAUCACCAGAUGGUAUGGUUAUCUGCCAUUUGCCUUUUGGUCCAACUGUAUUUUUCACUUUAUCAAACGUUGUUAUGCGGCAUGAUAUACCUGAUCGCAAAAAUAUUUCGGAAGAAUACCCUCAUUUAAUAUUCAAUAAUCUUAAUUCACGGCUGGGAGUUAGAUUAACAACAAUAUUAAAACAUUUGUAUCCUGUCCCCAAAUCGGAAAGUCGUCGGAUCAUUACAUUUAGCAACGAAGAUGAUGUUAUUAGUUUUCGCCAUCAUACAUAUUUUAAGAAUGAUGUUGGAGAAAUUGAACUGGAUGAAAUAGGACCCAGAUUCGAGAUGCGACCAUAUUGUAUAAAAUUAGGUACAUUUGAAAAUAUUGAAGCUGCAGAAACUGAAUGGGUUUUACGGCCAUAUAUUAAUUCAGCCAAAAAGCGCCCAUUAUUAUCGUUACCAAUUGAAGAUGAAUGA